CUCGCCAUAAUUGGCUUUGCACCUCUCCCUCAACAGAAUCUAACUUCUGCAAAUUCUUCAUUAUUUUUAGAGAGUCUUCAAAGUGAGGCCAUAUGGGGAACUGUUUGAUUACCCAAGUAACUGAAUCAGUUGAAGUGAUGAAGACUGAUGGAAGUAUUCUUGAGUACAAAGCACCUUUGGAAGUACAUCAGGUGCUAUCUGAAUUUGCUGGGCAUGCGAUUUCUGACAUCAAGUGUUAUCUGAAGUACACGAAAAACAAGUCGAACGUAUCAAUAAAACCAAGAAACAAGCAUAGAACGAGAACUAGCACUAAUGUUGCAAGGAUUAAGGUUGUUGUCACUAAGCGCCAGCUUAAGGAGAUGUUGAGUAAAAAAGGAAUUGAUUCAUCUUCAUUUCAGGAAAUAAUCUCCCAAAAUCACAAUAAAGAAACAAGUAAACAGGAUAGUUAUACCGUUGAUGAUGCACAAAAUUGCAAGGGGUGGAGACAGUGGAGACCCAUAUUAGACAGUAUACCUGAAUGAAUAAUUAAACUGAAACUUACACUAUUUGCAUCUUUUGUUUCCUUUUUCCUUCUGCUUUUUGGAUGAGUAGAGUACUGUAUGUAUUUUUUUAGUCAUAUUUUGUUUUAAAUGCUGAUAUACCAAAAACAUUACAUAACGAUAGUUGCGAGUAUUUUGUAGUCAUAAAAAAAAACUGAUGGAGGUUUGUCGCAUCACAAAAAUAGUAAAAUAAGUGAAUGAAGGGAAACUGCGUGAACUGUCCUGAUGAAUGUAGUUGCUUGUGAAAGUUUUAAGUUAUUUCUAGAAUUAGCACUACCAAGUUUACUGGCCUGCUGGUCUGUGGAUUGAAGGAGAAUCGGACCAAGUUUACUGGCCUGCUGGUCUGUGGAUUGAAGGAGAAUCGGACUAAAGGUACCCCUAAUAGCAGGCCAGGAUUCGGGUUUUAAUUGUUUUAUGCAUUCACAAACUACCAGAAAGAAGAAGAAGAAAAACAAAAAGCUCCUUCCGCAUGAUGUUCACGAGCAGAAAAACGAAUUUCAACAAUUUUGUU